UUUAGAUGGUUUUCUGUGAAGUAGACUGACAUAGAAAUGUGUAGCAUGAUUUAGCUUCCUCCAAACAGAGCAUAUUCCUAUGGAAAAUAAUACAUAAGAAAAUAUACUUGUUUUUCAUUGACAUUUAAUAAAAAGGCCGUUCCUUCAAUUUUGGGAAUUCUGAAAGGAUCUUAAGUAGUCCUUUCUUUGUUCCUAAUAGUAAUUCUCCUUGUUGUCUUAGACAACUGUAUGGAAAGCUAUAGGUAUUGUGCUAGUUCUUAUUUUCUAUUUGGAUCUUUAUCUUGUGUGGGUUGCCUUGAGAAUAGCUGGGAUGUUACAGGUAGAGCAGGAAGUCUGGAACAGUCUUGCAGUUUGAUAACCUAGUAAUUACUGGUAUGCCCAAGCGAUUUCUGGGCUGGGAUUCCUCAGUCAUACUUUAUGUGGUCUUGAGACAUGAGCAGUGUCACUUUGCUCAAACUUGGACCUCAUCUCUUGAUAUCAUUCUCCACAAAAAAAAUGUUUCAUGACUUAUCUCUACCUGCCAGCUCAUGGAUCACACACUGAGAUGGAGAUUAGGUGAGAUGUAGCUAUAAAUGCAGGCUUUUUAUUUAUUUAUUUAUUUUUAAUAGCCAUACAGAAAUUUAUGGCUAUUGUGCAGUAAAUUACUGUAAUUGCGAGCUAUUUUAUUUUUUUUUUCUUUUAUAUGCUUGGUUAAAUAGGGCAAGAAGAAAUGGCCUCAUGUUGCGUCAGGAGAGUUUUAGAUUGGAUACUAGGGAAAUUUUCUUUACUGAAAGGGUUGUGAAGCAUUGGAAUUGGCUCUCCAGCAAAGUAGUUGAGCCCUCAUCCCUGGAGGUAAUAAAAGACGUGUAGAUGUGGUGCCUAGGGACAUGGUUGGAUGGUAGACUUGGUAAUAUGAAGCUUGAUGAUCUUAACAUGGGUGCCCAAACUUUUGGCUUAGAGUGAAGAGGAGUCUUCACUCUAAGAUUUUGUAUGUGAUCUUGGGCUGCAUAUAAAAUAUAUAAUGUAGUUCAUGUGUAUAAGUAACAAAACUUAAUAUAAACAUUAAAAGAGAGAAACAAAACCAUAAAACUGGUGGGAUAUUUGACCAUAUUUUUGUGAAAAUGGUGCACCAGUUGUUUGAUGGUAGUAGCUGCAGUUCUUAGUGAAUCUAAAGGUGUUCAUCAGAGAUUCUGGAUGAAGUUUUCUCUUUUCGUGUUUCUUCCUCAAAAACAAUUGUUUACAAAUGUACGUACUGCCAAAAAGUGUUGACAUGAAUCAGGUAUGGUCAUGAAGUGAAGGGUAUUUCUCUCUGCUAAGAUAGGGCUUAUACAGGUCUGGUAAAGAGACAUGUCUGACUGCAAUUCCAUGCAUUCCAUUUGAAAAUACAGGUAAUGUAUUUAUGUUGACUAAAAAUUGGGUCACAAAUAUAUAAAAAAAACUGGUGAUUCUUUAGCAAUCUUGAAACCUGUUCCCAAAUUCCGUUAUCAAAAUGGAAGCCACAGCUACGUAUUUUUCACUGUUCACAGGACUGCAUUUAGCCAAUCUAUCAAAAUGCAUACAAUUGUUUGCCACAACUUAACUUGAGCCAGCACUGUGCUGCGCCUGCCCCUGUCCAAGUUUCAUCCCAGACGGUGCUGACUGCACACCGCUGUGUGGUUGCUGUGAGCAAUGGAUGUGCUCCCAGGGCUGGUUUGGCUAUUCAGUGGUUCAGAGCCACUGGGUACAGAAUCACAGAAUAGCAGGGAUUGGAAGGGACCUUGAAAGAUCAUCUAAUCCAGUGCCCCUGCUACAGGCAUAGAUCAGGUCUCCAGCGUGAGAGUUGAUAGCUAUGAUUGGGCUUGUGCAAAGGGAGCACUCUGGAUUCCACUUCACUCAGCAUGUCAGGUACCUAAAGCAAAAUUCAUGGAGGCGUGGCAGGGCAAAGGCCUGGCCAUCAUACGUGAUGAAGCAGGUGGGGCAACUCUACUCUGAUGGUGCAGCCCUGACCAAUCUGCAGUGCAGUGGACUGGUAAAAGUAGAGGGUGAGUUGUUCCGCCAUGCCAGAUCUGCAGCUGAAAGAUGUGCCACUCUGAAAGAGAGAGAGCAGACAUAGUUAUUUGCUGACCCAACCAAGGAUGAAAGAAACACCACAUCACUUCAGCAGGGAGCCCUCCUGGCUCCACCACUCAGCCAUCUCCUGCUCCCUGAUGGUAUAUAUGAUGCUCCCUGUGGCUAUGGCCCUGGCAUGUCCUUGAGCUCUAAGUGCCCUCCCUGCACCCCCUCUCCAGGUUGCAAGUGAUAGAACCUGAGGAAAAGGCCUCAAGUUACACUGGAGAGGCUUAGACUGGAUAUCAGGAAGAAUUUCUUUGUGGAGUGGUUGGUAGAGCAUUGGAAAGUGCUUCCCAGAAAAGAUGCUUGGAGAUGAUCAUACUGAAGGUCUGUUCCAACCAAAAUGAUUCUGUGAUUCUACCUUGAUUGAACUCAAGUCACUACAUACUAAGCUUAAUAAGAAGAAAGUGUUAAUGCAUAUGUUAUUAGUUAAUUUCUGUCUUGCAAAAGUAUCUAGUAGAAAUGAGGGGAAUAAUUUUAUUUAAAGCAUUAAUGAAAUUCAUAGCACCUGAGAUGGGCAUUAAAAACAUUUGAAAUUUAUAUGACCUUUGAGAGUGCUUUUAAAAUUACUUCAAUGCUUGCUAAACAUUGGGUUUUAUUCAUAAUUUUAUAUGCAAUGUAUUUCAUAUACAUAAAAAAUUAAACCUGUUAAAUUUUUUAAUAUUUCUAGUAUCUUCAAAUGGCCGGGUCAGGUAGAGGAAGAGGACGUGCUUCAUUUACAUUCAACAUUGAAGCCAUUGGCUUCUCUAAAGGUGCAGUUCUACCUGAUGUUGUGUGUAAGCCUCCACCGCUAUUUCCUAGUACAGACAAUAAGCCAGUGCCUCUGAAAACAGGAGAGGAUGAAGAUUACAUGUUGGCCUUAAAACAAGAUUUUAGAGGAGCUAUGAAAAAAAUGCCAUAUUUUUUGGCAGUAGAAGAAGAUCAUGAAGCAAUUGAAAGGUACAGUAAAAAGUACAUGGAUGAUGAAAAGGAGCAUGCAGCAUGGACCCCAGAUUGGAGAAGACUCCCAAGAGAGAUGAAGCCAAGGAAAAAGAUGAAAAAAGCAGGUGCAAAACCAAAAAAGGCAAAGAAUUCUGAGCCUAAAAGUAACUUGGAUGUGUUGAAAAAGAUUGAGGAGUUGGAAAAGAAAGAUGAUGAAGAAGAAAAAUCUGACGAUGAGAAAGACAGAACAAAAGAUAAAGAAGGUGAAGAUGAUGAAGAAGCUGAAGAACCAGAAGAAUAUGAUGAAGAGGAACAUGAAGAGGAAAAUGACUACAUUUCUUCAUACUUUGAAGACGGAGAUGACUUUGGUGCUGGCAGCGAUGACAAUAUGGAUGAAGCAACAUACUAGCUGUUGUUGCUAGGAGGUGUACUGUUCAAGGCUUUUGUUCAUUUGCCAUGUUUUGCAGAUAUGCACUUUUUAAAGCUUCUCUGAGAUGCCUAUUGAUGGAACAAGCUAUAAGCCAAAAUAUGGCUUCUGCACAGAAAAAGAAUGUAUCCAUUUUUGUCGAAUUGUGCCUAAGCAUUUGCACUAGUCAGUUCUAUGCUUUAGCUGUGAAAUUCCUCAUAACUGGAGCAAAGCAGAAAUAAAGCCGCUAUGGAUGAAAGCUGCCCAUAUUUAGCAGCUGACUUCUUUGAAGGAAUUCAUGUUAACUUCUGAAUUCAGGUGACUGAAAAUAAUUGACCACUAAGCACUUUAAUAUAAACUGACUUGAAAGAACUAUAGUAAUACAGACUAACAAGGUAAUGAGUAUUUUGAAGAGGUACUGUUUUAGUCAGCAGAACUCUUACCUUUAGUAUAUUAUUUAAAAGGAAUGAUAAUAUUUAACAAUAUGUUUACAUUGCCUGUAUGCAUCAAUAUAAAUGAUUAUUAGGGGUAAUUUCAUUUAGAAAGAAUAUAUGACAGAAUUUAAGAAAGUAUCCAAUUCUGUUUUCACCAGUGGCAUGCAGUUUGAAGGGACAAGAGUUUUAUUACUCCUUCUCAGUUUCUCUGCCUGUUAAGGCAAUAUUAACUUUCCUACCUCACAGAGCUGUUAAGUGAGAUAGCAGAUUAUAUCCACGUAACGAGGCAUUUACUUACUUUUCUACAAAACAAAUUUAAAGAAUGAAAACUAAUAAAAAAGCACAUACAUGCAAGAGAAAUAUGUGGUAAAAUAUUUUGAUUGUGAAAAAUUAGGAAAACAUGAGUGCUCAGAGUAGGAAAACUACAAUGUUUAGAAACUUUUUUAAGAACCAACAGCCAAAAUGUAAAAAAUUUAUUCCUGAGUUUAGAAACUAGAUGAACACAGUGACAGAGCAGUCUCUGUGUCCCUUUGUCCUUUGAUUAUAUAAAAUAUUUACCAGUGUUAUAAUUUAUCAGUUUUGUUGUAACAUGAAUGUGCUGUUCUAUUAGCAGGACUAAUGAAAAUAAAAUGUCUUAAGAGUAAACCAAUUCUUUUCCCAGUUUUCUUUGGAAGCGUGGCAUUUUGUCAAGCAGUAUUUUACCUCACUGCUGACUAGAAAGUAAUACUGCAUUAUUCUGUGGACUCUUCCAUGCAAUAAGAUAUGGCAUUCUGAUAAAUUACUUAUCAGUUCUAAAGGAAAUUAAAAUGCAGUGUAUGCCACACUUCAGAGGUAAACUAAUUGUAUUUUGAAGAAUGUUUAAUAAACAGUCUGCUGAAUUAUAUAGGAAAUGUAUUCUGUUCAUUUUCUUUUGGCAACAUACAUACUAGCAGCUGUUUCUUCAACAGUUGUGCCCAUUUCAUCUAUGUGAUACGUAACGUAAGGCAUUGUAAACAAGGCAAUCACGUUGAAAGGUAAACAAUGAGAGAAUCCCUGCAACUUGCACAAGGAAAACAAAUAGAGUGUUUUUGCCAAGGGCAAAAGAACCAGAGGGUAAACAUUGGAAAAGCAAUACUAUAUGUGUUAUAAUUUGGCCACUGCUUUGGCUAGCUUGAGCACAUGACUCUUCUUUGGAACAGAUGACUUCCUUCAUUCAUCACCUUUAAAUGGUUAACUAUGGUCACAUCUAUUCUACAUAGAAGCAACCACGUGUCUCAGGACAGACCUUCUAAGACUAGUUUAACAAUGGAAGAUAAGGUCAAAGCUUAAGAACAGCCUGUGCCCUGUGUUAAGCCGCUUCUGAAAUGGAAUGAGGUUGUUUUGUUCCAAAGACGUAAUUCUCACAGCUGUUCUUGUAAGUUGAUAUUUCUAAUUGCUUGGGAUUUAUUCCAAGACCAUGAUGUUGAUAAAAUGUAGACUGUUUGCUGGGUCUCAACAAAUGUCAGACUUGGAUAGAUCUAGCUGAGGCUAGAGUUGGAGGAAAGCUAAGGAAGUAUAUGUGGUGCUUAUCUUCUUUCUGGGGUUAAACUAGGACACUAACUUAAUUUUUCAUUCCUAUUUCUCAAUACUGUUUUCACAGAACUAACAAGUUCUAACAAGAACUUUAUACAGAAAAGUUCCAAUUUAAACAAUGCAGGCAGAGGACAAACUUUUAACCUACCAGUUAUGGUAUUCUAGACAUGAAUGCUAUAUGCAGCUACUGCCAACAAAUACUUGUUGGCCAAGGAAUAUUUUAGAUUACAUGCAAAAUUAGCCAAAACAAAUACAAGUAGAGGCUUUUUGUAAUACAUGCAAAAUAC